UUCAUCACUGACUGCAACCACAGUGUAACUGGUCACUGUAACCUAAGGACAAACUCGCUAGAAUGAAGAUACUUUUGUUGAUUGCUGCGUUGGCACUCCUGCAAGUGCAUGCGCAACGCAGAUCCACUGAGUCCCUGUGUAACGAAGCCGCUGAUAUUGUGUUUGUGCUGGACACUUCAAGUAGUAUCUGGAAUCCAGACUUCCAGAAGCAACUGGAAUUUGUCGACAGUGUUGUCAGUGGAUUCAAUAUUGGCCCUGACGAAACCCGUGUCGGGGUUUUGACAUUCGCCAGGAGCUACUAUGUCAAAUUCAAGCUCAAUAGGUACAAAAAUGUCGCUGACGUCAGAGCUGCUAUCAAGAAGAUCCGUCACAGACAAGGUGACCGGACAAAUACUGGAAGUGCUAUCAAGUUUAUGACAACGCGCAUGUUCCAGCGGGGUAAUGGAGGAAGAGAAGACCUGCCUCACAUCGCCAUUGUCAUCACAGAUGGAAAGUCGCAGGAGUCGCGGAAGACGCUAGAGGCUGCCAUGGCAGCUCAUAACAAGGAUAUUGAGAUCUACGCCAUUGGCGUUGGACCGAACGUUAAGGAGAGUGAACUGAGAGGUAUAGCUAGCGAUCCUGACGAUAGGUACUUCUUCUCUGUGGAAAACUAUGACGCCCUGCUGUCUGAGAAGGAUGUCUUCAAGCAACGUGCAUGUAGAGGAUCAACAACAAGACGAAUGAUAACCACUACCACCACUACUUCAACCACCACUCCUCGACCUACCACAACCAAACCUACAACACCUAGACCUACAACAUCAAGACCUACAACACGUAAACCUACAACUCCCAGACCCACAACACCUAGACCCACUUCCAGAAGGCCAAUUACACCUAGGCCAACUCCCCGGAGGCCAAUUACAGCUCGGCUUACUCCCAGAAGGCCAAUAACACCUAGACCAACACGCCAAGCUAUAACCACCACGCGAAGGAGGAACACCUCAUGGACAUUGCCACCUGUCGGGGACAUCGACCCAUCUCUCUUCAUCAAAGCCUGCACCGGAAAGCCAGCAGAUAUUUACUUUUUGAUGGAUUCCUCAACUAGUAUUGGAAAAUACAACUUCGAGCGCCAGAAGACAUUCGUCAAGAACAUGGUUUCCAGAUUUGAUAUCUCCCAGGACAAAACUCGAGUUGGGGUCGUGACUUUCAGUAAUUCAUACAACCUUGAAGUCCCUCUCGGAUCUGCAAACACAGUAGGAAGUUUGUCUGACGCCAUUCAGAGAAUCCCGUAUGCUUAUGGUACAACUAAUACUGCUGAGGCAAUCCGAUUUGUCAGAGAAAGUGGUUUUACGGAGGAGAGGAGACGGGAGGGCGUGGCUCACAUUAUUAUCGUCCUCACAGAUGGACUCUCACGAGACCAAAUGCAAACAAAAAUAGAAUCAGAUCUUGCCCGGAAUCAAGGAAUAUAUCUAUUUGCUAUCGGUAUAGGAAAUGGCGCAAAACUUCAGGAACUCCAGAAUAUAGGGAAUGAACCCCAUGAUAAGCAUGUGUUCCAGGUCAGGAGCUUCCGGGCAUUGGAUUCCAUUAAGGACCUUCUGGCUUCGAGGACGUGUGAACUGGAUAUUGAAAAGCUUUGUGGAAGCCGAGAUAUGUCAGACGUUCUUUUCAUGUAUGACGUUCUUUCCCUUGGACAGUCGAAAACCAGCUAUAUCUCCAAAUUUGUUUCCAAAAUCGUCCAGAGCUUGGAUGUCCCCUCUGGAAAUGUCCGCGUAGGACGCAUGUUGUAUGAUUGCUUGAAUGACGCAUACACUGCUCUCUCAUCUCCCGAUGACAUCCAUGUUUGGUCCAACCAAGUUCUUCCGGGCAUCACCGAUUUGAUAAGGAAACUUCGCGCUUCUGGUUUCUCCACGUUAAAUGGUGGCAGAGCAGGUGCCAAAUCUGUGGCCAUCGUAUUCUUGGAUAACAGACUUCACGAUGUCGAUCAGGUUGUGAGACAAAUGGCGACCAUGCCCGACACACGGUUUGUCACAGUAGUGAUCGGAGCAGACGAGUCCACUAAUAUCCCAUACUUGGCUCAUAACACCUUCAUCCGCGUGCCAUCAUACAGGGAGUUGUUAUCAUACAAAGACGCAUUCCUGGAGUUGCUUUGCCCGGUACUGGACUUGGAGUAUUUCCAUAUCAGACUGUAAAAUACACACAUUGCUGUCGAUAAACACCUAUGAUCAAACAAUGAAUGCAACCACUGAUUCUCACAGUAGACACAGUAUUAUCGUCUUAUUAUUUAUGUGUUGAUUCCACCAAAAGAUUUGUGUGGAUAGAUCAAUUGUAUAGGCUAUGAAAACCACAACCGAGCCAAGGGAGGUAACUCCAGAACAUAGUGGUGCAUUGCCGGUGAAUUGUUUAUGUUUGUUGUUUGUGCCUUUUUAUUCUUGUUCUUGGCGAAAUGUUUAAUGUUAUAAAUACGUCUUUUUAUAUUUUUACAUAUUUUUGAAAAUGAAACAUUAAA